AUGCCGCCAUCCCCGACCGCCCCCCGCACCAGCGACUUCUUCGACUUCACGCCCCCAACCUACACGCCGCUCCCCACGCCCACCUCGAUCCGGCUCCUCAAAAUCAUCUCCCGCCGCAGCCCCUCCCACCUCCACCCCCCGACCUCCCAAGCCCCCCUACCCGCCUCCAUUUGCGGCCACCCCUUGAUCCAAUGCACCCUCGAAACCUACGACCUGCAAGCCGGCAGCAACACCACCACCACGUCCACCACCACCCCGCCCCGGCCCCUCCCCCCCUACGCCGCCCUCUCCUACACCUGGGACAACCCGGAGCCGGACUGGUUCACGCGCGGCACCGACGCCACGCGCGACGCGUACAACAGCACGGGCGCCGCGACGUGGCCCAUCAGCGUCGACGGCCGGCUGUUCCUGGUGCGCAAGAACCUGUUCGAGGCGCUGCAGCAGUUCCAUCCGGACAAUGACGCGAGCCCGGACGACGGUAACGACGAUAGCGACGAUGAUAGCGACGAUGAUAGCGACGACGACGACGACGACGACGACGACGACGACGAUGACGAGCUGAAUGACGAUGAUGAGGCGCUGAUCGACGCGGCGACGGAGGGCGACCUGGCGCGGGUGAGGCGGCUGCUGAGGCGGGGCGAGGCGAGCGUCGGGGCCAGCGACGGGUGGGGGGAGACGGCGCUGCAUUAUGCGGCGGAGAUGGGGCACUGGGGGUGUGUGAGGGAGCUCGUUGCGGCGGGGGCGCAGACCGGGGUGGUGGAUCUGAAGGGGAGGACCCCGUUGCAGUGCGCGAUGCAGUAUGGCCGGAGGGGGCCGGGGUUCAGGCGCAUCUGGCGGUUCUUGGGGGAUGAGGGGUGGAGGAGGGGGGUGUUGGCGAGGAUGGAGAGGGGGGAGGAUGUGGAGGAGGAGGAAGAGGGGGAGGGGGAGUGGAGUGGGUUGGAGGAUUAUGAGGGGGAUGAUAGUGAUGAUGACGAGGAAGAAGAUGAGGGCGGGGAGGACGGGGAGGACGAGGAGGACGAGGAGGAUGAGGAGGACGAGGGAGAAGAAGAUGACGAUGAUGAUGACGACAGCAGUUCCGGCGACGAAGACAGGGAAAGCAGUGCAGCUGAAGACGCGGGGCUGGGGUCUGAAGAGAGAAUGCUGUGGAUAGAUGCACUGUGCAUCAACCAGGGCGACCUCGAGGAGCGCGCGGCACAAGUCAAGAUCAUGCCAAAGAUCUACGACCGCGCAGACGAGGUGCUCGUCUGGCUGGGCACCGGCCUCGACCGCGCCUGGAGACUCCAACGUGCCAUCCAGCGAGUCAACAACGCUGACGGCGACCUGGACGAACUGGCCCGCAAGUGGCGCAACUCGCUCGAGCACCUGCUCCGCCACGGCAUGGGACCCGGCGAGAACGAGCUGCCCGAGGACUGCAUCAUGGCACCGGGCGAGGUCGAAGAGCUCUCCCACUGGCUGACCCGAUCCUACUUCACCCGCACCUGGGUCAUCCAAGAGCUCAGCCUGGCCAAGCGCGUGCGCAUGUUCUCCGGCCCCUACGAGUUCAACUGGCCCGACGUGCUCAAGUUCCUCGCCCUCCUCGCCCGCAUCGGCUACUUCGACAACUCGACCUUCUGGCGCAUCGACAACGGCAAGCGGUCCGAAGACGCCAUCGGCGGCGACAGCACCGAACCCUGGAAGCUCGCCUCCAUCCGCCUGCGCACCCGCAACGACCCCUCGGAAUGGUCCCUCCUCGCCCCCAUCUUCUCCUCCUCUUCCAACAACGACAAAACCCUCCGCCGCACCUCCUCCCCCCUCUCCCUCCCCCUCCUCCUCUCCCUCGCCUGGACCUCCGCCUCCAAAGACCCCCGCGACAAGAUCUUCGCCCUCCUCACCAUCGCCCAGCCGCUGCCCCCACCCUCCACCAUCGCAAUCGACUACACCACCCCCGUCCCCCGCCUCUUCACCCGCGUCGCCCGCCUCUUCCUCCGCGGCUCCGGCGACGACGCCCUGUACGACUUCUCCUUCCCCGGCCCUACUACCACCAGCCCGUCGUCCUCGUCCAGCGCCGGCAGCGCCCUCGAGCCCCUCGAAGGCCUCUCCUUCGUGCAGCCGCCGCACAUGGGCCCGCGCACCCGCAUCCCCGGCCUGCCGUCGUGGGUGCCCGAGUUCAGCACGCCGCUGACGACGACGCGGCUGUGGCGGCGGGGGUUCGAUUGCGCCACCGCGGAGCAGUACGACCUCGAUGUCGACGUCGAUGUGGAUGUGGAUGUGGAUGCGGAGAGAGAGGAAGGGGCCGGCCGGGCCGGCCGCGUGUUGAGGGUGCGGGCGGCGGCGGGGUGGGACGAGGUGGUGGGGGUGCAGGAGGAGUGGGGGAGGGACGAGAGCUUGACGGUUGAUGUGCCGGUGUGGUUGGAGGUGGUGCUGGGGAUGGCGGCGGGUGGUGGUGGCGGGGUGUAUGGGCCGACGGGGGAGUGUGUGAUGCAGGCGUUGUGUCGGACGCUGAUGGCGGAUAGGCUGUGGGAUGAGGGGGAUGAGGGGGCGCAGCGGAGGGUGGGAGAGUCGUUUAGGGAGUUCUUGGGGUGGGAAUUGGCGAAUGAGGUUGAGGACGUGGGGUUGGGGGAUGAGUGCCAUCCCAUCGACCACGUGUGGGACCUUGUCAAGAAGGCCAGGCGGCGGCUGGAUUGCCUGUCGUCUUUCGAGACGGGCGGUGCUAAGGGCGGUGGAAAGGGAGCGGCGGUUGAUGACGGCAGGUUCUUCAUGCCGUCCGUCAAGGAAAUCAAGGGCCGCGGCAAGCAGCUCGCUAAGAUCUGCGCCGAGGGCGGUGGUUGGUGCGACUACCAUGGUCCGGACUGCGUCACUUAUGAUGAUGGCACCACAUUCAGGUCUGCCUUCCUGCGCGUGUACAGGAAACGUAUGCUGUUCAGGACGGGGAAAGGCUAUCUCGGCCUGGGGCCGGUCCAUACGAAACCUGGGGACAAGGUCGUUUUGGUGGCUGGUGCGAGGGUGCCGUUUGUGAUGAAGAGAAUCAAGGCGGAGAAGAGUAAGAACCAGGGGAGGUAUAAGUUGGUCGGAGAGGCGUACGUGCAUGGAAUUAUGCGUGGAGAGGCCUUGGGCUGUGGGGCGAAUUUUGAGAUGAUCGAGUUGGUUUGA